AUGAAACCUGUCGUUGAGGUGUUGCAAAGGCACGCAACCCCUUCACCAUUCAGCAGGGGAGAGGAAACCGUCAUGGAUCCAACUUACAGGCACGGAACAGAAUUCAAAGCGGAUGAGCUCACCUUCAGUUUGCAAGAGGAUAUGAAAUUCAAAUAUGAAAAAUUCGUGCGCCACGUCCAGGAUGAACUCCAAACAAGCAUGUUCAUAGGGAAAAUUGUUUCUCUCAAGCUAUACAAGCUCGCCGUAUAUGGCGAAGGAGGUCAUUUUGACUGGCAUCGUGACUCGACACAUAGCGACGCUCAUCAUGGCAUGGUGCUCAUCGCACUUAACACGAAAUGGGAAGGAGGAGAGCUUAUGUUGAGGCAUCAAGGCAUUGAGACAAUUGUCAACAUUCAUCCAAAAAAGUCUGGCGACGAGAUCCGGCCAGUUGUGGUUGCAUUCUCCACAGACACGGAGCACAAAGUCAUGCCCGUGACCAAGGGCACACGACUGGUGCUCCAGUAUGACGUCAAAGUCGUCGAGCAAUCGCCUGCAGCAGAUGGGAUGCACUCGCCUAGUUACAUUCCCUUGAAAAGGGCUGUUCAUCGUCACCAGCACAUUGCUGUAUCCCACAUCAACAUUUAUCCCAACUUGGACCAGAAGUUGGUGCAGGCUGUCGUUGAUAAAAUAAGAGAGUUGCACAAAAAAGGCACCUUUGUCGUCGCUUUCCCGCUUACUCACCUCUACCGCAAGGCAAGCAUUAAGAAGGAAUACCUCAAGGGGACUGACUUGGCGCUUUUUGAUGCUCUCAAGAACCAUUUCAAUGUUGCCCUCCAUCCUGUUCUUAUCCGCGCUAUUGAAGAUAGAAAUGUUUGGGGAUAUUAG